GAUACACAAUCCGAUUUGUGAGUGCAGACACAUAAGUCACGCUUAAUCAUUAUACACGUGAAUAUAUUAAUGAGGCUUAAAGUAGCCUUAUAUCGUAAAUUUGCCUGGAAGGUAAUCGUGGACAACAAAAACUUUUCACGGCGUGACAUUUGAUCUACUUUGUAUUCUUGUCUUAGACGAAAAGUGAAACUUCGUCUUAAAACAACAGCAAAUGCUGGUCAUUUGACUGGUUCCUUCCUUUUUCCGCUUAUGCAAACGAGACAUCGUUUCAUAUUUUCACACGGAAAGUCCACUCACUCAACUUAACCAUGAGACUGACCAGCGCUGUUCCUUUCUUCCUCCUCAUCAGCUGUCAUGCACUGGCUCUCAAACCACAGCUCUUAGGCAGACACACGGAAAAAACCUCUGAUCACCGAUCUGUUUCAUACAAAACGUUCUAUUUUGAUCAGCAGAUCGAUCACUUUGGGUUUUUGGAGAAUGGCACAUUCAAGCAGCGUUACCUUCUCAAUGACCAGCACUGGCACAAGGAAGGAGGCCCAGUUCUGUUUUACACAGGCAAUGAAGGAGACAUCACCUGGUUCUGUAACAACACUGGUUUCAUGUGGGAUGUAGCAGAGCAGCUGGAAGCCAUGUUGGUUUUUGCUGAACAUCGCUACUAUGGAGAGUCCAUGCCGUUUGGAGAGGAGUCUUACAGUAAUGCAAAGUAUCUGAACUACCUGACCUCAGAACAGGCUCUAGCUGACUUUGCAGUCCUUAUCAAAGCUCUGAAGAAAACCCUACCUGGAGCUCAGAAGAGUUCAGUCAUCGCCAUUGGUGGCUCUUACGGUGGGAUGCUGGCUGCCUGGCUGAGGAUGAAAUACCCCAGUGCAGUUAUAGGUGCUCUUGCUGCAUCUGCUCCCAUCUUGCAGUUCAUUGUGCCAUGUGGAGAUUUUUAUAAAGUGGUCACCCAUGACUUUACCAUCAGUGGUGCUGACUGCAGCAGCAACAUUAGGAGGUCAUGGGCCGCUAUUGACAAUGUCUCUGCAACAGUUGAGGGUCUGCAGUGGCUGUCUCAGGAGUUUGGGGUCUGUGAUCCUUUAAAGAAUCUCGAGGAGGUAUACGGAUUCAAGGCUUGGCUUCAGGAAACUUGGGUGAACUUAGCCAUGGUGGAUUAUCCAUAUGAAGCCAACUUCCUCCAGCCACUCCCUGCCUGGCCUGUUAAGGAGGUCUGCACUCAUCUUCGGUUUGGUAGCAGUGUAUCAGACAAACAGCUAUUGCAUGGAAUCUCGCAGGCCGUAAGAGUGUACUACAACUACUCAGGAGAUGCUCUUUGUCUCAACACAUCUCAAACCGCUACUGGAAAUCUGGGCUUCCUGGGUUGGUUUUACCAGUCCUGUACAGAGAUGGUGAUGCCAAUGUGCACAGAUGGCAUACACGACAUGUUUGAGCCACAGCCAUGGAACUUUCAGGCCUUCUCUGAUGAGUGCUACGCCCAGUUUGGAGUGCGACCACGGGAGGACUGGAUAGAAAUUGUGUAUGGUGGAAGGAACAUAAGUGCUCACAGUAAUAUCAUAUUCAGGUAUGUGCUAUACUCUUCUUUCAGUAAUGGAGAUCUUGACCCUUGGAUGAGUGGUGGAGUGACUAACAGCCUAUCUGAAUCUUUGGUGGCCAUUAUGAUUGAUGGAGGAGCUCAUCACCUCGAUCUGCGCUACAACAAUGAGUACGACCCACAUUCAGUCAUUAAAACAAGGGCCCUGGAAGUACAGUACUUUAAAAAGUGGAUCAAACAGGCAGCAAGUACACAGUGACCAUUAUGGAGGGAUCAUACAUACCCUGCUAUAUAUACUUUUUUAUUCCCAGUUAAAAAAUAAGUUGUCCAUACUUUUCUUAAAAUAAAUUCAAAUAAAAGCUAAAAAAAGUAUUAAAAAAAAAAAAGUCACAGUGAGGCACUUACAAUGGAAGUGUAUAUGGUUAAUUUUUAAGAAAUGUAAAGCUUAUAAUUUUAUAAAAGCACAUACAUUAAUUCCUCUGUUAUAACUUUUAUUAUUUGAGCUGUGACGUUGUUUAAAUAGUCUUAUUAAUUAAUUAAUGAGGUAAUUAAUAUGGUCUUAUUAGGUUUUAGAGUUUACGGCUUUAUGCUGUCAUGGCAACAAAGUUGAAAAAUUUGACAUAAUGCAUAAGAAAAGGUUAGUUAGUCGUCUUAUCACAAUAAAAUCCUGUUAACCCGCAUAUUGUUUACAUCUUGUAACAGUACUUUUGAACUAGUGAGCAUUUUAACAUUUACGUAUUGGCUCAAUUAAUUUCCAUUGUAAAUGUCUCACUGUAACCCAGAUUGUUUUAUUUUUUGUUUUUUUGGUAAUCAACAUUAUGUGACAAAUGCUGACGAUUGAGAUUAACAUGCAUUGACCUGUUUAAACCAACCUAACCUGGUCCGACUGUUCUGGUUUAAGAGGGGUUUUGGGCACUUGUCAGCUGAUCAAGUGAGAGACAAGCUGGAUGACCAGCUGAAAAUCAGCUUGGCCAGCUAAGAUCAGCAAACCAUCUUAGUUUGAUUUAAAUGGGUGUUCACACUAGGCUUUGAGUGGCCAGCUAAGUUCAGCAAACCAGCUUGGUUUGGUUUAAAGGGGCAGUCACACUAGGCUUUGAGCACACAAAUUCAUUUUCUGACAAUACUACAAACCAGCAUAAGAUGUUGCUGGAGGGCUUCGGGCGAAAGUAAAUAAUACAUCAGAAAUAAGAAAUAAUAUUAUAUAAAAAACAUUGACAUUUCUAUCUUUUAUUGGUCAUGUGUCAUCUUGUCAUAAUAAUUCUCAGUUCAGAGUUCACAAGCUUGAACUUAGGUAUGCAGCGUCAUACGAAAUGUCUUCUUAAGAGCUUGCAUUUCCUUCCUCCUGCAUUUAGAUGCAUUUGAAUGAAAGUGAAUGGAGCACGAAAUGUAGUGUGACUGCCCCUUAAGCAGGGAAAAUCGACAGAUGGUUGAAAGAUAAGAAACCUCAAACAUCUCUGCAAGUGCUAUUUGCUGUGUCAAAGCUAGUUGUCUUUACGUUGGUACGUAAAAUGAAAUGUCUGUAUUUCUCUUUUUUUGGGGGGGUUAAGUGUUCUCCGGGCUUUCUUUUACAUGUAAGUGUUAAAAGAUGUCUUUUAUGCAAAUCAAAAAUGUUGAUCCACAAUAAGUUUACAUUUUUAUGUUUCAAUCCACAGUAAAUGUUAAAUUUUGAAUUGGGGAUUGAUUGAAGAAUUAUAGAAUACCAAAAGUAAAAACACUCAAGGUAAAGACAUUGACAAAUAUUUGCUAGAGUCUCAAGUUGAAUUGAAGCAAUAUUAAUCCAAUACAUUUUUCUGCCAACCAAGAUUUGUAAUUAAUGUAAGCUACAUUUUAGUAGUAAGUUCACCUCAAAAUGAAUUUUAUAUUAUUUACUCACCCUCAUGUUGUUCCUAAUAUGUAUGACUUACUUUCAUAUGUAAAACACAAAUGGAGACGGUUUGCUGAAUAUUCACAAUCAAUUUCAGUGACCACAUAAAACAACUUAAAAGUACCAAUAAGUUGUCCAUAUGACAACUCAAGUGUUCUGAAGUCAAACAAUAGCUUUUUGUGAGAAACAGACUGAAAUUUAAGUCAUUAUUCACUAAAAAUCUCAACAUCCACUAUGGAUUUGGACAAAAACAUAGAAUUGCGAUUAUUUUUUUUUGGGGGGGGGGGGUAAAAUUGCGAUCACGAUUUGAACUUCUAUAUGAUUAAAAAAAUAAAAAUAAAAAUACGUGUGAUUCCUUUUAACAAAAAAUUAAACCAUGUUUUGCCCAUACUUUACUGCCUACCAUAAAUACUGUAGAAAGGGAGUCCUCUUAAUAGAACUAAACUAAAUAAAUUAAUAAAACAGUGAAACAGAGGGGUUGUGUGAAAUCACAAUCACAUUGCAUCUGUCUGCUUUGUAAAACAAAAGAUAUUUCCAAUUUGUGAAAGGGACAGUUUAGUUUUCGUCAUAAUUUUUUUAAACCCAGUCAACUUGAAUAUUACAUUAUUGCAAUGUAAAUAAUGUUAAGACAUUAUUAUAGAAAUAUAUUAUUGUAUAAUAAUAAUUAUCAUUGUUAACAUACUUAUUAUUCAAUAGUAAUUUAUUUCUUUAAUAAUUUCUUAACUUACUAUGCAGUCCGGUUAAACUCUCAAGCCUUUAUAUUGGCAGAAGCUUUUAUUUUGAAAACUGAAAGUUUAUGAUGUUUGUAGUUGAGCUGACAACAGCCUUUUAAUGCAGUAAAAUGCUAUGGCAAGGCGGAGGGCGGGGCCGGGUCGUGAUUAUACACACCUGGUCCCUUAUCAGGCUAAUUAAGCCUCUGAGAGGGAUAAAGGCCGAUGGCAGAUGGUGGUGCGACAAGAGAGAGAGAGAGUUUAUGGACAUGUCCGUCGUGUGUGUGUUUGUCUUUUGGUUUAAGCUAUUCAUUAAAAUAUUAUUUCUAUUAUCAAGCCAGUUCUCGCCGCCUCCUUCCCAUUGAACUCCUUUACAAAUGCGUUCAUCUGCCUUGCUGUCAACAAAAACCCUCUCUCAUGGGGUUAUUUUAAAUGUGUAUAGUAAAUUGUAGUGGCCAGACAUACUGUAGAUGUAUGUGAAAUUACACAAAUGUGCAAUUAAUGUAGAUCUGGGGUGCUUUAAAUAAUGCGCCAAGUGCACGUUAGCACACCGAACCGAAUGCAGAGCACAUUAGUCACUCAGGGCACCAGAUAGAUAGUUUGUGUUUAUGGAGCACAGAACCACUCUGAAAUGACAUGUGUAAGAUACUGUUCCCAUUUAUUUUAUUGCACUACAUAAUACAGACAAAACAGCAGUGCAUAUAGGCGCAGCACAGCGGGCAGCGCAUUGAGACUAUUUAUUUUUUAAAUUAAAUCACAGCCCUCACGGUUUGAUAAUCGCAUUGGGUCAUAUCGCGAUUCCAAUUUUAUUUCUGUUAAUUGUUCAGCCCAAUAUAUACCAUAGCUCUCAAAUCUCUCUCUUUCUCAUUUUUAUACUUGGCACAUCAAAUUCUUAUACGAGACGCAAGAAGCAUUGUAUUUGGAAUCAGUGUCAUCAAACCUGGUUUUGACAAGAUUUUUUUCGGCCAAGUAUACACAAACGCAAAAACUAAAGCCAGUGCAUGGCUUCAAAAGACUUGAAUUAUUGUGCACAAGUUGUAUGUAUUAAUUUUAUGGAGCUUGACAGCCCCUGAUCACCAUCAUGUAUGCCUCGGAUGUUUGGGAAAAGAUCAGCAUUCAAAGAAAGGCAUACUGGAACAACAUGAGAGUGAGUAUGUGAUGACUGAUGAAUUUUCAUUUUUGGGUGCACUGUUCCUUUAAGUAUUUCAUCCACUUCUCUCCAUUUCUCAUCUCUUGGAGAUCAAACUUUGAAAUGGUCACUGAAUUUAGCUGGGCCUAAUGCCAUCAGUGAUCAGAGAUCCAUUUUCAUGAUUUAAAAAUAAUUUGCACUCCAUUUAUAAUAACCACAAAUCUUCUGUACUCUAAACAAUUCCUCUUUGUACUGGUAUUAUUGUCAAAAAUGUUUAGCUUUCUAAUGGGAUUAAUGGUGUGUUUGAAUAUGCCAUUAUAAAAAACAACAACAACAACACAAAAAUCCAUCACAGAAUAAAUGCACAUGAAUUGAAUUAAACACAUACAUCCCAUUUCCUGUCCUCCUUGAUCGCCACUCCUCUGUGAUUUAAUGAAAACUCUGAGACAGACAAUGAGCAAUAAAAUAGUUAGUGGGAGGCAUGCACUGUUAAACACAUAGAAUGUACCCCAUGUAGACAGACCUGCAGGAAUCCUCCAGACCUGCAUUCACUCGCUGACAGCUCCUGCCUCCAUAAAUUGAAGUACCUAGACAUUACUGGUCUGUGGUUAGCUCCCUCCCUCCCGCUAAUUUUAUUAUUAAUCUCAAAGCCAGAGUGCAGGAAAGGAUGUUUUGUGGGUUUGCAGAAUGUCAUAAGUAUGAAGGAAAAUUUGUUGCAAAACUCAAGAGCUUGUGGAUUUGAAUUUAAGAACUUGCAAAUAUUUGUACUUGUAAGUUUAAAUUUACACUCAUAGCCUCAGUGUAAAAACUUGUAAAAUAAAAAUCUAGUUAUGUGUAGCAAUCUGCUCACACAGACAAUAAUCAAAAGCCUGUGUUUAAAAUUUAAUAUUUUAUCCAAAUAGUCAAAAAUGUGUAUAAAUGUCAUUCAUAUAAAUACAACAACAGACACAAACGUUUGUCAUACUAACUUUUGUACUUUAAUUCACUUUACCAGCACAACCACAUCAUUUACAACCUUUCAAAUCUGUGACGGCAAUUUGAAAUCUUUUCGCCUUGACUUUAGCUCACUUGUGCACUUGUAAAUCCAGAUGUUAGAGAGCAAGCUACAGGUGUUGAGCGGUGGCCAAUGAAGUUUUGUCCAAUCACAAAAGCUGAAGCAACUGAUGCUGGACCAAACAAAAUCAUCUUAAGGAAGUUUGCAUUCAAUCCAGCCACCUGUGACAUACCACAAGUUCCAUUUCUCCAUGAAAACAUGAAGUAAGAAGUAAUUUUCAAGGGACCUUUUGAAUUAUUAAAAAAUUAUUCACACCCGGGUUGGUGAUGCGACCAUGACAGGCAACGGACUGUGCAUUAUUUUCCAACAAUUAAAUGGGCCGGAGUAAAUUAUUCCAUGGUUCUCACACCUUAAAACAUUGUUUGGGGUUUUAUCUGAAGACAUUUUCUGGUUUUUGACCCUAAAAUGCUCUUGUGAGUGAAAUUUCUUUCUGCUGCCACAGAUUCAGCAUGUUGUUUGAUAGAGCCCAAGCCUUCGU